AUGAAUAGUGAGGUCUGCGGAGCUGAGACAAUACUCGGCUUGUUCAGUCCACCAACAGCUGGCCAAUUACUUCCAAACUUACUGCUCUCGUCAUCAUCUGAAUCAGACUCACCGCUUAAUCUGCACAGGUUGACAAUGUCAUUCAAUCCGAGUCCAAGAACGUUUUUUAGUAGUAACAGGAAUAUCGAGACUUCCCAAUCUGCGCAACAACAACAACAACAGCAACUUUCACAAAAUCAUUUCGAGCAACAAGAACAUUUUUCAUUUAGGAAUUCUGUAAAUAGUUCGGUGGUUAUGACAUCGACGACAGAAACAGUGACAGAAACAACAACGACAAACUGUUUAGCACCUGUGUCGAAUUCACUAGGACAAUAUUCAAGAUUUGUUGACUCACGUACAUCUUUCAGCGGUGGUUAUGGUACUGUUAAUUGCAGUAAUAAUAGUGUGGAUGAUAAUGGAGCUGAUCUAAGACAAAAUGUUGAAAAAAUUAAAAGUCAUCCGUUAUUCCCUCUACUUGCUUUAAUUUUUGAAAAAUGUGAACUUGCCACAUGCACUCCACGAGAUGAAAAUUCCAACAGUUCCAUCGAUGUUUGUUCGUCUGAUUCAUUUCAAGAAGAUAUUAGCGUAUUUACAAACGAGAUGGCUUCUUCAAAUCGACCAAUGUUUACCUCCGAACAGGAAUUAAAUUUACUAAUUAUUCAAGCAAUUCACGUACUUCGAUUUCAUUUACUGGAAAUUGAAAAGGUACAUGAAUUAUGCGAUAGCUUUUGUGCUCGUUAUAUCACAUGCUUAAAAGGUAAAAUGCCAGUGGAUUUAGUGUGCGAAGACAGAGAAUCAGGUGCUGGUUCAACAGGUUCAGCGACAAGUCCAUUUUUAAAUCGUUCAUCUACACCGAAUUUAUUCAAUGAUCCAGCUGGUUCACUAACUGACCUGCAGCAUAAUACAAAUAUUCAUAAUCAGAAUAACAGUUCUAUGCAAAGUGGGCCUGUGGUAUUUUCAGCCAAUCCAGUUCAUUCAGUCGAUCUGCUUCCUCAUUCUUUUCCCCUGUCUACUAUUAAUUCAGUGCCUUAUUUGCAAAAGGCAUGUUUAUUCAACUCUGAAUCAAUAGGUGUUAUACAGUCAUCUAAUCGUGCAAAUUACAUUGCUAGCAGCAACAUUAACGACUUUCAGUCAUAUGCGUCCACUGUGGAAAAUUCUAAAAAUAUUCUUUCUGACGAAUAUGAACAUAAUCAACCAUCAGGUGUAAAUAACAACAGUAUUAAUCUUGAAGCUUCUAAAUUGAACAUUGGAGUGAAUGGAUCGAUGUCAUCAUCCUCAACAUCUUCAAUGGGUUCAACCUCACCUAAUACUCAACUGCUGUCCGGAAACCAUAAUCAAACCUCCUUCAGUGUACCAUCUACAGUUACUGCUACUGCAGUUCCAGCUGCAGCAGUGACAGCAGCUGUUGCUGUCGGAGUUCCUACUGCAACAAAUUCAAAUGAAAGCGUUUCAGCUGACUCUUAUUCUGAUCUACAAGGAAGUGCUCAAUCGGACUCAGCUCAGUUUUAUGUGAAUCAGCGUCUCUUUUAUGAUACCGAUUCUCAAAAUGAGAAUAGUAAGAAUUUAUCAGCACCUACGGUUACCAACACUAUCACUGAUAUUACUAUCAACACUUCUAUGAGUAGUGCAGCAAAUAUAGAUGAUACUGACAAUGACUGCGCUACAACUAAUGAAGACUUUGAUAAACCUGGGCAUUUUAAUACAAAUGAAGCUGUUCAUUCUCCACAGUUUUUGUAUACUAAUUCUUAUUACAGUCAGUAUUUUUCACAGUAUUUACGAGAUAAUAUUCCUUUGAAUAAUAUGUUACCAAGUGUGCAUGAUCCUUUGAAUUAUGCGCAAUCGCUUAAAAAUACCAGCAUCACUACGACGGCCAACAAUUGUAUUGAAAUAAAUCGAAGCUAUGAAUAUCCUAAUUCUUAUGGAUUGUAUUCAAAUCUUUUCUUAAAUUCAAAUAAUAUUGGUACAAACGAUAUUGCUGGAAAUUGUUCUGUAUCGGCAACAAAAAUGAGUUCACCUGAUUCUUCACCUUAUCAUCAUCAACAUGCUCAAAUUCAGUAUCAUCAACAGCGCCAUCAUUAUCAUUCAUUAUUGAAUGAGCAAUUGAGCAGUACAAUUCAUAAGGAUAACUGUAUUUUUAUAACUCAAUGCAUUCACCCCAACUUAUGCCACAAUAUGCCUCAGAGACAAUGA